AUGGAAGAUCUCAGUCGGGUCCGGAAGGCGUUUGAUGCCGCCAACGAAUUUUUGAAUCCGGUCCUGAAUCGAGAUGAAAUACAAAAGUCCCAAGGCAGGGCGCUUCUAGAAAUUCUCAGCCAAUCCACGGAAAAUCUAGACAUUCAGGAUGAUCUUAAAAGGCGGACCGUUAUUGGUCAGGCAUUAGAUAUCCUCAACCGGAUCCAUACGUCCUUCGCAACACCAGCCGGGGAUCAAGAGCCGGUAGAAAAUGUAAUUCCCGUUGGUGAAGAUCCGGCCUUGGAAGAUGCAAAGCGCCGUCGACUUUUACAUGCCUUACUGGACUUGAUAUCAUUGGAGGGAAUUUAUCCAUCUCUUUCAUCAGGAGUCGGCAUUCCACUGCAACAGAGAGUGAUUUCGGUGCUGCCAGCUGGUGUGAUUGCGAAACAAACUGCUAUACCUGCUAGUAGCAGACCUCACGAUGAAAUUCUUCUUCGUCAUAUCAUGAGUAUUAUUCUGAACAUAAUGCUAGACCCCACGCCGAGCAUUCAGCCGGUCAUUCGAGGCCGCAUCUUGAGUGACAUGAUUAGCGCUACAGCGGACCUGGCCUUCAAUCCGAACAUCGCAUCCUCGCCGGAUCGGGGUGAAUUCAAAUGUGGGUUUCUGAAGAUCAUUGAAGAGACACCUAGUGCCGCUCUUUUGCCGACAUUGUCCAGCUUUCUCCAAACCGACCCAACAGAUUGGUUCAAAGCCACAAUUUCGGGCCAAAUUGCGCGGAUACCGCUACGCCAGGGCGGGGUUUUACAAACAAUCAUGUUCAUUGCCUCUCAGUUUGCUCCGUCCCUCGGACAAGAAGCACAGAGCGAGUCCUCAAAUGGGCCGCAUCUUACCGUUCAAGCUAUUAUGCAAAUAUCUCGAUUGCUAUCAUCUGUUCCCCAGGAUAUCGAGCCUACUUCAUACUUCACCAAGAUUGCUCCUCAGCUUCUGGCAUUGCUAGAUGGUUCUGAUCCAGAUUUGAAGAAGACGGCUUCUUAUAGUAUUGGAAAUGGAAUACUGGGAAAGCGUGCUUAUGGCGCACCCGGGACAAUCGGACAUUCAAUCUUCGUGGAGCCAGUAUUCGCGGCUCUGACUGCAGAGCUAAGCGAGAAAUCAUUACCAUGGAUGGCACACUACGCGAAUAUUGAAAGUUCCGCUUCAAUGAAGAUCGAAGAGAUGAACUCGGAAUAUACCCUCGUGGAUGGAGAUAUGGUCCACCUCGCGAUAGAGAGACUGAGAAGUCUGGCUCUCCAACAUCCGAACCCCGGCCUUGUCAAGAGAAUUGUCUAUCCAAUUCUUCUUCCUCUUUGGGGCUUGAUUUGUUAUGCCCAAGAGAAAGAACUAAAGGCAUAUCAGGAAAGGAUUUUUGAACUUCUGCAGACAUAUUUCAGUAUAUCCGUGGGCGUGCAGCCUCUGAAGAAGCUCGUUGAUCACCUUCUCUGGAACGGGGGUGCAACUUGGACUUAUUCUACGAAUCAGCAAGGACAAAUAGUUCUGACCGGGCGAACAGAGCAACAAGAUAACCAUUCCAACAUUAUUCGAAUGAUUGACUCUCUGCAAAGUCGUACCGACCUCUUCGUCAGUCUGCUUGGCUCUGACCCUAGUGGCGAGGAACACACUGGCGAUAUUUUCCUCUACGUGAGCGAGAAAUGGCUGGUGAAAUCGAACAACGCUGGCAGCUCCACCGAGCACGAGAGAAUUGGCGAGUCAGAAAAUAUCAUCCAAAAGCUUGUCAGCGCCAAGGUGGCUGAGAAACUACUCGACACUUUCAAGGAUACUUUGUCUCGUCGACCUUUGCGAGUGCUGGAACUCAUAAAACAGGUUGUUGAUGGCGAAUUGCAUAGGCUUGGUGGUCAAGCAUCAACCAAAGAAGAUCAGAAGGGCAAGGUUUCAUUAUCAUCUCUUGCCAGCAUUGUUCCAGAAAAAGGCACACAAGAAGAGGCUACAUCUGACAACGAAACAUCUGAAUCCCUUUCAACCGCGUUCAGUCUUUUAUCUACAAUUAUCGCAUCUCCUGAAUUCACCACCUCGCCCGAAACCCAACCUCCGCUACAGGCCAUCAAGGACCGAUUGGAUCAACUCAUCCCUCUCCUCCCACCCGCACUAGCGAAACCAGCAACCACAUCAUCCAUGCUGAUAGAGAUCCAGCUCACCCAUCCAGAACAUGACGAAACAAAGCCACCCCCUCCGCACCUCGCCGACCUUGAUACACACCGACAGGCAUUAACAAACCUCAAUUCGGACCUCCCACCCGUUCAAGCAGAGGGAUUCUCGCUACUCUCAAAGCUAGUCCUGAAGGGAUCUCCCGUCCUCGACAUUCCAUCCACAUUGACCCUCCUAUUAUCAAUCAUCACGGACACCAGCUCCUCGGCUGCGAAUGAAGAAUUCAUCUACCUCAACGCGAUAAAGCUCAUCGGAACUUUGGCCUCGCGGCAUCCACGCACAGUCGUGAAAACCCUCGUCGACAGCUACGCUGACAAAACCGAACAAAGAACCCUAGACCAGCGACUGAAAAUCGGCGAAUCACUCCUCCGAACAGUCCAAGACCUAGGCGAAGCAUUAUCCGGCCCAACAGCCAAAAUCCUCGGCGACGUCAUGAUAACAGUCGCAGGACGACGUGGCCGCAAACCCGAAUCGCAUAAAGAGCGCAAAUCACAAUUGGAAAAAGAGCGGCGCCAGCGAGAGCGCGAAGAGCGCAAACAGAGAGAACCGGCCAUGCCUGACGGGUGGAAGUUCUCAACGGGACCAGCCGACCCUCAAAAGGACGCAGAGGCUGAUGAAGAUUCCGAUACCGAGACCCCGGAACAAUCUGCCCACGCUGCGAAUAUUGUCGCCGCAUGGGCGGCGGGUGCAUCUUCAGAUGAUGAGCCAGAUGACCUUCGUGUCCGCGCAUCUGCACUUUCUAUUCUUGCCUCUGCAGCCCAGGUAAAUAUCAUUGGUCUCGGAGCAAGAAUACUAUCGUCAGCAGUGGAUUUGGCCCUCUCAACGCUGACGCUGGAACAAUUGCCCGAAAGCGCCAUCCUGCGACGCGCGAGUGUGAUUCUUAUCCUUGACAUCCUCAAAGCGCUUGACUCAGCCCGGGAAGCGAAACGAGGAAAGGAAAUCGGCUUUGGGUUCUCGUUGACGGAUUCCAUGGCCGGAUUUGGCUCGCAAGAUACGGAUACGCAUGGCGUAUCGACCAUCGGCAAUAUACCUCACAUGCUGCGGACGCUGGGCUAUGUCGAGAGUAAAGAGACAGAUUCGAUUGUGCGUGGGCAUUUGCGUGUUCUGAUCGAGAGUUUGGAGGCUUGGUUGGAGAAGUCUUUAAUGUGGGGGAUUGGUGUGCAAUCUGAUAGUGAUGAACCGAGGCUUGAACUGGGUGAUCGGAUUGCUGGUUUAAACGUUGAUCCUUUGGCUGGAGGGUCUGGCAGGCCGCGUAUCGAAGAGAUUGAGUAA